CGAAUCUGCAGAAAUUUUCUCUUUAGAACUCUUCAAUGUUUCAUUUACUUUUCGUUUGGGGCCUGUUGUAAACUUCCUGUUUAGUUUGCUAGCACCCAAGCAACAAGGUGGAUGGUUGAAAAAUCAUUCUUACUCUGUCGCUUCGCAACACUCUUUAGAAAUCCUGUUGUUUGACGUGUAGCAUCCAGACCAUCUGCCUGGCAUGAUUGAGUCGCGCACCUUCAAUGUGGAAAGUCAUAGUAAAGUUGCAUUUCAUGUUAUGUAUGAUUUAUGGCGGCAGCAGCAGCUCUGUGAUGUCAUUAUCUCUGUAGAAGGACACCAGUUUCAUGCACACAAGAUCGUUUUGGCAGGAUGUAGUCCAUAUUUACGUGCCAUGUUUACAAAUGGCAUGUUAGAAUCUGACAAAAACUGGGUAGAAAUCCAUGGUACAGACCAAAAUACCAUGGCAUAUUUAUUGGAGUUCAUGUACCGUGGUUCUAUUGAAAUCACAGUUGACAAUGUUCAGAGUUUGCUGCAAGGAUCCAGUCUCCUUGGUUUGCAUUCCCUGAGAAAUCUGUGUGCUCAUUUCUUACAAUCGCAACUGACAGCUUCCAAUUGCUUAGGUAUCCACUAUUUUGCUGACAUGUACACCUGUAUUGAACUUGAAGCUACAGCACGUCACUACAUUUACCAGAAUUUUCUAGAUGUCAUUCGUACUGAGGAAUACUUGCAAUUAUCUGAAGAACGGUUAUUAGAUUUGCUCAACAGUGAUAAACUGCAAGUAACAAGUGAACAUCAAGUGUUUGAAGCCGCAUGUCACUGGCUGCAGUGUGAUCUAAUUCAUCGUUCACAUGUUGCAUGUCGCUUUCUACAAGCUAUCAAACUUGUUCUGCUGGAUAUGGAAUACUUGCAAAAUAUUGUAAGUCAGUCUGAUUGGGUUCGAAAUUGCCGGAAGUGCCAAGUUCGAGUCAACAAGGCACUGAUGAUGAAACAAAACAGUAAAGCACUUGAACUGAUCACUCCUCGUGCCCAGCCACCUAGUAUUUAUGUAAUAGGAGGACGCAACAGUAUUGACUCACAGUUGAAAAGUGUUGAACGAUAUGACUUCUUAUUAGACCAGUGGUCAACAGUGCCUAGCAUGAAUAUUGCACGGACAGCAGUUAGUGCAACCAGCUAUAAUGGUUUGCUUUAUGCUGUUGGUGGAGAGUGUGCUUUGGCAGAUACUCCUGAUGACACAUUAUAUUUGCGUUGUGUUGAGUGCUAUGAUCCAGUUCUUAAACAAUGGGAACUAAAACCUGAACUCAAAAUUGCUCGGUCAUUUAUUGCUGUGGCGUCAGUUGGUGGAUUUCUCUAUGCUAUAGGUGGAGAAGACCGAUCAUGUAGUUACAACAUAGUAGAGAAAUAUAAUCCUCGAAAAGAUCAGUGGACAUUUGCACCAAGCUUAAAACGUAGACGGGCAGGUGCUGGAGUAACUGAAUGUGAUGGAAAGAUAUUUGUUGCUGGAGGUUAUGACAAAUCUUUGCACAUGGAUAGGGCAAGUGUUGAAUGUUUUGAUCCUGAAACUGAAGAGUGGACAUUAGUUGCAGAAAUGGAGAAACCACGUUCAGGACUAGUGCUCAUGGCAAUAGACCAUUAUAUUUAUGCUUUUGGGGGACGCUGUCGGCAUACAGAUCGUUAUUUUGAUAUUGUUGAAAGGUACAAUACUGUUACUCGACAGUGGAACAACAUUGCAUCAAUGAAUACGUCAAGAGCUUGGCCUGGGGUCACAGUAUUUGAUGGACGAAUAUAUGUAUUAGGAGGUUUUGAUGGAUCUUGUCGCCUACGAACUGCUGAGAUGUAUGAUCCUGACACAGAUCAAUGGACAUAUAUUAGCAGCAUGAUUAUUCCUCGUGCUGGGUGCAGUGCUGCUGUUGUAUAAAUAAAAAGAUCCAUUUCAACCACAUUUGGACAUAUGACAAUGGUCAGUUGUAUAAAUUAAAAUUUUCUGUUGGUUGAAUCAUGGACAAAAGUGACUUGGAGCAGAAUGUAGGUCUGCAGUUGUAUAAAUAAAAGCCUUUUCAUUAGUGAAAUUUUAAAAAAAAACCCCACAAAACAUGAAAUUCUUUUUCUUUUUGAAAUGGAACAAUCUUAGCACUUCAACAUAUCAUGCAAAGAAAAGGAAAUUCCAUUUAUUCCUGAACUUUGGUAUAACAUUUCAUAUUAUUUUCAAUGAUAUAGUUGCUGUGUUUAAAAAUUCACCCACCAGCAGUCUUUCAAAGCAAAAUUUGUCUCUUCUUGAAUUGUUUUUUUAUUCAUAAAUUUUUUAAAGGUUUAAUUCAUGCUAAUUUUGUGCCUGCUUUUGUCAGCUUGUUGCUAAAAAUAUUAAUUCUUUGUAUUAUGUUUAUAUCAAUACAUCUGUAUGUUCUUUUAUUUUUAUAACUAGUAAUUCCCUUCUGAAAACUGUAUUAGACUGGAAAAGCUCUUUCAUGCUGUAAACUCUUCAUGUUAGCUUUUUCUAUAGUAUUCUUAAUAAAGCCCCAAAAGAAAAAAAGAGAA